CAACAUUCCACUAAGCAUUCCUGAAUCAUCAAAGAUUUUUAAGCAUUCUGUAAACAUGGUCCUCAAAGAAGUAUCCACCAUCAUUCCACCCAACCAAGCCGAUGGUGCGCCCAAGAGGAUCAAUAUGAUUGCCCGCAAAGACUUCCGUGACCGCUUCGAAGCCGAAAAGCCUGGGCACGAGAAGUUCUUCUCUUCGCUCUUCGGCGGCGAAUGGACCAUCAAACUCGAUCCAUCCAACCUCUUCACCUAUACCGAGGAAAAGGAUGCGAGCAUGUUUGGCUACUAUUGCAACAAGUACUUUGCCGACGGCCAAGUCCGUGACAAUCUUGCCAACUUCACGAAAGAAUAUGCCGCCGACGGCAUCACGCAAAUCAAUAAGCUGGCUCACACCCACACUAUCACCAUCGAACCCUCUUCCUCGACCAGCGCUGGCCUCGACUUCGCCGACGGGAAAUUCCGCAUCCUAUUCUCCGAGCCUGAUGGCUUCACUUCUGGCGCCUCGUACUGGUCUGGCUCCCUCUCCAGUGCCGUCAGCGCCGCCGAAGCCAGUGGCCCCCAAACAUCCGCCGGGCAGCCGCGGCAAAUGAGCAUUGUCGCAAAGCGCGAUAUCCGGGACCGCUUUGAGGCUGAGAUCGGGCCGAUAGAGGAACGCGUGCGAAAGUACUUGCAGGCGCCAGACUUCACACUCGAUCCAAACUUUGAGGCGAAUUAUGCGUUUUAUGCAGCAUGGGAGGAGGAAUUGAAGGCGGAUCCGGACGAGACUGCAAUCCGGCAAGUCGAAAAAGGGUGGGAGGGUAUGAUCGGGUAUUUUACUUUGAAAUAUUUUGUGCGGUUGGCGGAUUACUUACGCGAUGAGGGGUUCGCGAAGGACGAAAUGUUGAGGGAAGGGUUCAAGGAGGUGGUGAAUGCGAAUUGGGUUGUGGUGAGACAGGUGGAGGAUGAGGUCUUCAAGGAUGCGAGGGGAAAUACUGAAGACGCAGUUAUUGAGGACGGCGUUUUAGUAUUCAGAACGACAAGGAAGGCGUUUGGAUGGAAUGAGGGAAGAUGUGUGAUGAAAAUUAUGGAUCUGUUGUGAGGCGAUCGCCCUUGGGGGUUUACAGAACCUCAUCGCGGAUCGAGUGUUCAAUAUCGAACUUCAAGCGUAUA